AUGUUAAACAGAUCCUUGACGGCAGUCAGAAGCAUUGCUUUGGCUAACUCCGCCAUCUUAAGAGCGCAGACCCGUUCAGCCACUCCUAUUACCGCCACUGUAACUAGUUUCCAGAGAUUAGCUUCCACAGCACAAGAUAAGAAGUCAAUUACACAGAAGAAAAAGGCACUCGACAAGUUGAAGUCGCAAUUGACGAAAGAGAAAAAGCAUUUAUCCACUUUGGAGACAAAGCUCAAGCAGCGUACAAAAGUGAUUGUCUCCAAGGAGAAGGAAAGAGAAAAGAAGGAAAAGGAGAAGGAAAAGAAAAUUAUCGCUGACGCCACCAAAACCUACAGGGGUAUCUCCGGAUAUACGCUUUUCGUUAAGGAAGCACGUAGCUCCAACAUUACCGAUGUAUCGAAGCAGUGGAAUUCACUUGCUAUUGACGAAAAGGAAGUGUACCAGCAGAAAGCCAAAGACAUCAACGAGGAAGCUAAGAAGUUGUACACACCCAAGCCAAAAAGACCAGCUGAAGGGUUUGCCUUGUAUUUGAAGGAAAACUACAAGAGAGAUGGACGGGCUGUGGAGGAAGUUAUGAAGGAAUUGGGAGCACAAUGGAGAGACUUGUCUAGUGAAGCCAAACAGAGCUACAAGUUGUCUCAGGCCGACAAGACAGCCUAUGAAAAGACGUUGAAGGAAUGGACCGAAAAGAGAGUUGCUCUUUACAAUGAAACCAAUAGCAAGUAGAACGUGAUGGUGUACUAAUCAUUGAGUUGAUCUUUCUGGUGCUUAAAGAUUUAUGCCUUGUAGAUAACUUACUUACAUUGCCAUUGUAGAAAAAUUGUUUCUUUGUUUUUGUUUAUGUAUUAGCUACGUUAGUAAUAGUUACAACAUUCU